AUGUCUGCUGAUGCUCUGACGGCCGCAGGGACAUGCAUGUUCGACGAUGCAGUGAUGGCUGCGAAGCUGCCUGCCGCAGUCGUCCAGCGCUUCAACGAGUGCUUGAUCACGGGCGCUCCUACAACAGAGGAAGACCAGAAGGUCAUCUCGGAAGCGAUCUUCGAGUGGGCCCGGGAGCGAGGGGCAAUUGACUUUGCUCACUGGUUCUUCCCUCUUCGCGGCGGUGGCGGUGCCGUCGGUGGAAUGUUAGGCGCCUUCAAGAAGGACACUCUGAUGGACCUGGAGUUUGGCUCCCAGUUCACGACGAAGCCGAUGAAGGCUUGCCUGCCUCACGAGCGUCUCUUCCAAGGAGAGACGGAUGGCUCCUCCUUUCCCAAUGGCGGCCUGCGUGUUACACACUCCGCAGCCGCCUUCACCACUUGGGAUAGAUCAUCCCCACCUUUUGUGAUGGAUAGCUGUCUGUACAUUCCAUGCGCUUUCGUUACCCACUUCGGGAAGUGCAUCGAUGAGAAGACUCCGCUGCUGCGGUCGAUGGAUGCUGUCAAGACGCACGGCCUUCGGUUGCUGCAGGCUAUCGGCAUUGGCAAGGAUGCUCAGACAAUGCACAGCUACCUGGGUUGGGAGCAGGAAUUCUUUGUCCUCUCGGCAGAUCACUUCAAGGCCCGCCCUGACUUGGUGAACUGUGGCCGGACACUGUUUGGCAGGCUGCCCACACGGCACCAACAAGGGGACCUAAAUUACUUCCAGGCGAUCCCCGGCAAGGUGCAGGAGCUUCUGGAUGUCGUUCAGGCGGAAAUGCUGAAAAUCGGCUGCCCCAUGGCUGUGAAGCACAACGAGGUGGCGCCUGGCCAGCACGAGAUGUCCCCCGUCUUCCGUGCUGCCAACGUGUCCUGCGACAGCAACGUUUGCUUCAUGGAGGUCAUGAACCGGGAAGCCGCGAAGCUCGGCCUUCAGGUGCUCUUCCAUGAGAAGCCCUUUGCCGGUAUCAAUGGCAGCGGCAAGCACGCCAACUGGUCCAUCGGAACUGACACCGGCUUGAAUUUCUUCUACCCGGGAAAGAACGAAGAUGGUGCUAAGCUGUACGUGACUGCCAUUGCCUGCUUGGCUUAUGGGCUUGCGCAGUACAACGAGAUGGUGCGGUGCACCGUGGCCAGCGCUGGCAAUGACCACCGCUUGGGAGCGCAAGAAGCGCCCCCGGCCAUCAUCUCUUUGUACCCGGGCCAGGGCUUCGAGUCCUUCGUGGAUUCCGUGGUCAGCGGCGGCGAUCUUCUGGGAUACAAGGCCGAGAAGAAGAAGCAGGAGACGGGAUGCAGCUCUGCCAUGCACAUCGAGGCCAACGUUGAAGACCGCAACCGCACAGCCCCGUUCCCGUUCUGCGGCAACCGGUUUGAGUUCCGUGCAGUGGGCUCUUCCCAGAACUGCUGCCUCCCAAUCAUGGUCUGCAACGCCGUCAUGUCUGCUGGAAUGUCCCACAUGGCUUCGCUCAUCGAGGGUGGCAUGAGCCAUCGUGAUGCCGUGGCUCAAGUGUUCAAGGAGAACAAGCACGUGAUCUUCACCGGCAACGGCUACUCAGCAGAGUGGCCUGUCGAGGCAAGCAAGCGAGGCCUGCCAAACUUGAACACCACGCCCAAGGCCAUUGCCACGUGGAGCUCUGAGAAGAACACCAAGCUUCUCGAGACCCUGAAGAUCUACACCAAGGAGGAGACGGAGGCACGGCAGGAAGUGAUGUACGAGAACUAUAUCUCCUGCAUCUGCUGUGAGGUGGAAACCAUGAUCCAGAUGGUCGAGACCGGCUUUCUGCCUGCAUGCGCCAAGGACCUGGACAAGUACAAGGGCGUGGACAAGCUGACUGGUAGCAGGAAAACUGUCUACGAGAACGUUGUGGACCAGGUCGAGAAGUUGCAGGCUGUCUACAAGGCCAAGCCCCACACAUCCCUCGCGGAGGAGGCCACCUAUCUCUGCGACACCGUUAAGGCGCAGAUGGCGGCUCUGCGAGCGGCAGUGGACAAAGCAGAAACCAUGAUCGAAGCUAGCUUGUAUCCGUUCCCGACAUACGAGCAAAUGAUCUACUCUCACCAUUUCUGA